UCGUCUCCCAUUCCUAUUCUCUGGAUAACUCUAUACAUCACCCUUUUCCUUUGCGGUGUUAUAUUAUAUACGUGUGUAAAUUUAUAAAUGGUUCUUACUUCUUACCAAUGCCAUAAGAAUAAGAACCCAUGUGCAGUGCUGUUUCUUUCUAUACUUUCAGCUGUUGAUUCUUCUCUGUCAUCUCCCUCUGUCUCUUCUUUGAGUUCUUGAGUUUGAAGUUCCUUUGCAUUUUUUUUUUUCUUUCUUUUCCUGCGGUGUUGUAAUGUCAAUUGCUUUUGAAAGGAGUUCCGGUGAUUCAAUCCAGAACUCUGCUUAUAUUCACCGGAUUCCGCCGCGUUUUCUGGGUGGCGUGUUUCGCGAAGAUCAGCGGUUUCCGGCUGUGGAGAGAAGGAGGGAGGAGGAGGAGGAUGAUGAUUCCACUAGCUCUUCUUCCUCUUCUUCUUCUUCGUCGAUCGUGAGGAAUAAUGAUGAGGAAUCGGAGGUGGAUAGCUCGUUUAAAGGACCAUUGGAUACUAUGAAUACUUUGGAGGAGGUUUUGCCUAUCAAGAGAGGCAUAUCGAAGUUCUAUAAUGGCAAAUCAAAGUCGUUUACAAGUCUCGCAGAUGCUUCCUCUGCCUCCUCAAUCAAAGAUUUCGUUAAACCAGAAAAUCCUUAUACCAGGAAGCGCAAGAAUCUAUUAGCUCGCAAAAACUUAUGGGAUGAUAAGAAUCACAACCGCUUGCCCAGAGAUAAUGGAAGUUGCAUACCGAAAAGGCCAGCAACCUCGAAUCGAAGUGCAGUGGCAAGAGAUAAUAAAAGGGAGGACAAUCCAUCAAUGUCAUCUUCAACUUCCUCUUGCCUUCCACCCCUGCAUCCCCAUGGAAAGACACCACCUAGCAAUGAAUCAUGUUCGCCUCCUCUUCAAAGGAUCUCUGCUCGGCGAUCUUUCUCAUUAUCUGAUUUGCAAUGUGCUGCUGCAGCUGCAACUUCUAAUAACUAAGUUUGACAAUUCACAGCUAAGACACUGACAACAAAAUAUAUUUACAUAUAGCUUUAGUUCUGCAUCUCACUUUGAAUCUAGUACUUGAGGAAAUGUCAUGGUGUUGCAGUUUAUAAUAGGUGGUUUCCUGAUGUUCCGCCCUUUGUCAGGUAUUCAUGCCUGGCUAUUUUAAGAACAUAAAUGCAGCUGCUCUGUUCUCUGAUGUUGACUAUGAAGACUAGAAUGUUUCAGUUGUGUCACGCCCAGUCUCUAUAUGUAAUUUCCUUGUUCCUGGUUUAGAAACUUUGUUCCCAUCUCUCAAAUCAGUUAACUGGGAAUAUGAAUGUAUACUUAGAAUAUUAGCAGCUGUAUGCCCGCCUUGCUUCCA